UGUGACCGCGGGGAAGGCGAAGCAGCUGAGGAGAGGAGUAUAAAAGGAAGAAGCAGAGGCGCCGGUUUCGCUUCUCCUCCUUCCUGGCUUGCCGGCUCUGUCUGUCUCUCUAUCUCUCUCUCGCUGACAGUACCCUUCCCGUCAUGCUCUGUGUGGACGGACUCCUUCGGGUUCUGCCGCAAUGGAUAGAUGAACCAGAGGAAGUCUGAGUGGAUUGAAGGUUGAGUCAACCUCUCCUCGAAUGGGACACUCCUUUUCCCUUCUUUUCCUUGCGGAUGCGUUGGGAGAGAAGUGACGACGGUAAUAACAAGGCGGCCGGCGACGUCUUAUUCGGCCCCAUUCCUCGCUUUCUCUCUUCUUCUUCAAGCGUGGCGUAGAUCCGUGAAAGUCCACGGGAGAACCGGAACGGCAAAUGUUCCGAGCUCUUUAGUUCAAUGGACAAUCUGCCUCACACGGUUCGAGAUCUGCUGGCGAUGCAGUCCCAGGCGUUCCGAAACGCGAGUUGAAGUUUCGGAGGUCCGAUCUCUCCCUAGCCGGUUCCCCUUCAUUUCUACGUUUUAAAUGAAACCUGGAGUUCGGAAACUCUCCGAACGCGCAUCGGCAGUGAUACCGCAGACGAUUCGACUCGUUCUGGUUGUGAUUCAACUCGUUCUGGUGGUGGUUGCUCCACCUCAGGUUACGGUUUAACUUCCAAGUCUUGAUGCUAUUCCUUCAGGUUCUCCCUUGGGCCCACUGAUCAAGUCAAAAUCUCAGGCGUUCCUUCCUUUAACUGGCCCUUGUGUUUCAUUUUGCCUAAUUCUGCUAUUUCUAUCUACUCUUCCUUUUCGUUGGUGGCACCUAAGAUAGGGAGGCAAACAAAUUCGAGACACCCCCACGGCCCUUUUUUACCGACUUGCAGUUUUGGGUCAGUUUCCCGUCGGAGUUUGGGACUGGUGGUGCUUUAAAUGCAAAGUGGCGGAGGUACGUGACCGGUGGUUGUGUUGAGGACAUCACUUGCUCUACUUUUGUGAUACUUUUUCCGUGCAAUCUUCUCUUAAUCCACGGGAUCCUCCGGCGUCCGGCCUUCGGCGUGAGGUCUGGUACCUCAAAGAUGAAGAAAGAGCGCAGGGGCAGGUCUUCUUCCUGGCCGAAGGUGGUGAUGAGGAAGUGGCUGAAUAUCAAGAGUAAAGCCAACGAGUUCCAUUCAGAUUCCGUUGGUACAGAUGCCUCUGUUCAUCAUUGCACGACAGAACGAAGAGCCAGCUGCUCCGACAUAGACCGUUGCGUCCUCCUCACGAGGGAUUUGUUAGGAGGCUGGUACGUUGCUGCGCCAGAGUGCCCCAUGUCACCGAGGAAUGAGGUGCCGAUUCCGGGUACUCAGAACUUGAGGAUGUUCGUUGGAACGUGGAACGUGGGAGGCAAGACGCCCCAUUGGGGCCUGAAUCUCAAGGACUGGUUGAGCACACAGUCUCCGGCAGAUGUCUACGUUCUCGGGUUUCAAGAAAUAGUGCCUUUAAAUGCCGGGAACGUGUUAGGUGCAGAGGACCACGGCCCUGCGGCGAGGUGGCUUUCACUUAUACGUCAAGCUCUUAAUGGAAGAGAGACUGCCCCACCUGUGGAGCCCCCGUCUCCCACCAUAUUCACCACCAUCACGCUCAGCGACGAGGAUGACAACCGGCGAACGCAAAAGCCCAGAGUCAGUUUCUCAGAUCUUCUCGCCAUGGAAAGCCACUCUGACGGCCCGACUUUUACCUAUUUGGACGAAGAGCAGCAGAACGGCUUUGUGGACUCGGCGAGGGAGGAAGAGAGACAUCGGGAAGUGGGAUACUGCUUGGCCGCAAGCAAGCAGAUGGUGGGUCUGUUCCUAUGCGUGUGGGUCCGCCGAGGGCUGAGACAACAUAUAAGCAGUAUCAAGGUCUCGUGCGUUGGUCGCGGACUAAUGGGCUACAUGGGCAACAAGGGCUCAAUUUCAAUCAGUCUGACUCUUCGUCAGACUUCCUUAUGUUUUGUCUGCACACAUUUGACCUCCGGUCAGAAAGAAGGUGAUGAAAUUCGAAGAAAUUCUGACGUCAUCGAGAUCCUAAGGAAGACAAGGUUCCCUCUGUCUCACAGGUUCUCUGGACCUUUAAGUUCUCCUGAUAACAUUCUUGGCCAUGAUAGGAUUUUCUGGCUUGGUGACCUAAACUACCGCCUAGCAUAUGGGCGUGAAGAUACCCACGAGUUGCUUGAACGGAAGGACUGGGACGCCCUGUUGGAGAAGGAUCAGCUCCGAAUUGAGCAAAAAGCAGGGCGCGUGUUCAAAGGGUGGGAAGAGGGAAGAAUCUACUUCGCUCCCACGUACAAGUACCUCGCCAAUUCAGAUCGUUACGCCGUCCAAACUGUCAGGUCCAAGGAUAAGCGCAGGACCCCCGCUUGGUGCGACAGAAUACUGUGGAAAGGGAAAGGGAUUCAUCAGCUGUCCUAUGUGCGGGGGGAGUCCAAGUUUUCCGACCACCGGCCUGUCCACGCCCUCUUUUCGGUUCAGGUGGACGCCCUCAACCGGGCCAAGCUCAGGAAGCCCUCCGCGAACUACAAUGUGACUUGCGCCAAGGUGGAAGCGGAGGAGCUUCUGGCGAGAUCAGAGAGUUGCAUGGAGAUCUCGAGAUGCUGAGCAGGUAGGUGACCGGACCAAACCUUACUUGCUCCAGGUGGGUCCAUUUCUUUAGGACAGAGGGCGUACUUACUGUCGAGAAGCCACUGACUGGGGGUUCGGUGCAACUGUGCAAGGACUUACGUCCCCCUACUGUACAUAUUUCCCCAGCAAGUAAAUGUCACAGCUGGCCGGGGCAUCCCUAUAGAGAAAAUCAAAGAAAAAAAAAAUCAUGUUCAUAGGUUUAUGACAAAAUUACAGAGUUAGAGGCUUGUUGGUGGAAUGGUUGGAACGAUGAAGGAGGACAAGUUGGGUGCUGUUUGCAGAGGUGAAUCAUAUCGUAUUUUCCGUCAACAACACGCGUGGCUGAUCUUGUUUGCUUGGUUUUCCUCGUAGUUGUGGUCAAUGAGGAAGAAGGGGGCAGAAUUUUUUUUCUUUUUGUUUUGGUAUUUUACUGAGGACAGAGAGAGAGAGAACGGAAGAUUGCAAAGGAGAAAAGAAAGGAGAUUACACUCACUGUUCCCUUUUUGGGAUGGGAAUUGCCAAAGUUGUUUUGGUUUCUUUGUGCUGGCCGUCGGUCGUCUUAAUUGUUCAUAAUUCUUUGGUUGUUUUUGUGCAGAAACGAUAAUGAUUUAAAAGAUGAGGUCACAAUGUCAA